AUGGUUGCUAUCAACAUUCAACCCGAAUACGGCUACGUCGUCCUCACUGCCGUCGGCACCUGCUUCCUGGGCACCUGGCAUGGCAUGAGAUGCGGUGGCUUCCGCAAGGCCGCCGGUCUGGGCUACCCUACCCCCUACGCCGACUCUGCGAUGAUGAACGCCGCCUCUGCUGAGCAGAAGCACAAGCUGUACCUUUUCAACUGCGCCCAGCGUGCCCACGGUAACUACCUCGAGAACCACUAUGUUGCCCUUACCGCUCUGCUCGUUGGCGGUCUCCGCUACCCUCUGCUCAGCUCUGCUUUCGGUCUCGUCUGGUCGCUCGGAAGAAUCGUGUACGCUGUUGGAUACACCUCGCCAACCAAGGAGAACGGCAAGGGAAGAUUGGCUGGUGCCUUCUUCUGGCUUGCUCAGCUUGGUCUGCUUGUCAACGCUGGCUUGACUGGCUACAACCUGGCCUUCUAA